CAAAUCGGCUCCUUUGCCAGGGAGGUAGUGUGAUGCGGGGCGGCUCCUCUCCUCCCACCGCCUCCUCCCAGUCCGCCCAGCAGCGGACUCCGUCAUUUCGCCUCAUCGUUCCUCACUUGUUGGAUGUGUCCGUUUUAAUUUCAGCGAUUUCAAGAGAUCCUUGGUGGUUGUUUGCCCUGUCGGAGUCCCGAGAAAACCGCCGCCGUGUGUGAAGGUUACCGCGUUUUACAGGUUACAUGCGCGUAAAAAGCGCUUAUCCUGAAACGCUGUCCUCGCUGUCCUAAGUGUUUGUUUGCACCGGCUGCGUACCGUGCCUAUGCUCCGUUUGUCGGUGUCUGCUGAUCGCUGCUGUGUCUGCAGCCGUCCCUCUGACCUUUAGUCUGCUGGUCCCGCAGCGGGAUUGUUGGGUUUUCUGUGCGCUCUGGACUCCGGAUCAUCCUUGGAGAAGUUCCUCCGCCGCAGUCCCAUGCACAGCGCUUCUCUGCUCUCCUCCUGCUGCGAUAAGGAUGCUGGUGGCUUUACACGGUCAAACUACACAGGAUUAGCCUGAGUUGAUCAAACGGACCAUGUAACCAGAUCAGCGAUCUUCAUACAGCGUGGCUAGACUUCUCUUCACCCUUACAACCUUCAAACACUCUUCUGAUGUGUUAAGCAACUUUGCUGAACAGUUUGAUGGAGAGCUGGUCGGAUGACAGCUGGAACUGUUGUCAUAACCGGAGGAAUACUGGCCACAGUGAUACUUCUGUGUAUCAUAGCUGUGCUCUGUUACUGUAGACUCCAGUACUACUGCUGUAAGAAGAAUGGGUCUGACAGCGGCUCCAUCUCUCAGCAACACUUUGCCUGCAACGCCUGCAGUGUCUCCGGCCUGGACGGGUCGAUCAUCACCCCACUAUCCAUGUCGCCACCAGAGCCUCCCGGAGCCUCCGACCCCACCAAACCCACAGGGGGGCAACGCAAUUACUGCCCCACCUGCUCACCCUACGACUCGCCCUUCUACAUCCGCACCACUGACGAGAUGCGCAACGGUGGCGAGCGCAUCACCUAUAUGCCCACACACUAUGAGAACCAGGCGCUGGCAAUGCCGCUGCCCACCUUGCGUGGCUCCCUGCUGAGGGAGACCCAGCGAGGAAGGCCUCCAGAUUUCUACACCAACACUCGAGCCAUCAGCACUGAGGUGUGACCACCCUAAAAAAAAAAUGAACACCACCCAUACACACACACACACACACACACACACACACACACACACACACACACACACACACACACACACACACACACACACACACACACACACAGACACACCUCUCUUCACUUACACACACACACUAGCACCACCACUAACAAUACCACAAACAUAAUUUUGGCACCUACUGCAGCUGCCAGUGGGGAUCUGCUGGAUAAAUGCCCACUGUUUAUGGAGGUUAUCACAUUUAUUUAGGGUUUGGGGGAUUUGAAGUGAGGAUUGUCAAAGACAACUGCUGGAGACUAAAGUGAGUGACAAACAGGGAUUACUUUCAUCCCUAGUUCCUCACUUUAUACCCUUGCAUUUUAAGUUUUCAUGUUCACUAAGAUAGUGAUUCUGUAAUUGAUGGUAGAUAAAACUGUAGGUUUCUUGUAAGAAAAUGUCUCUUUAUGCUCCCACAUGAAGGGUAUGGUUGUAAACUUGUAAACUGUCUGUUGACUGUUACUGUGUCUUUACUGACUGAGGGCUAUCUUAGAUAAUUUAUGCUACACAUCUUCCUUAUGACUGCCAACAAGACAAAAAUGGAGUAUGAUGAAGUAUGUAGUAAACAUGAAGUCAUGUGUCAUGAUGAGCAGAAUGGACAACUGAAACAGAUUUGAAAAAGUUACAAGAAGGAAAAGUCAACAUCCCUUCUGCAGUUUGCUGGAGCUCUGGAAGCAUGCUUGAGUAACAGGAAAGGUUGAAGAGGACAGACGACUGGAGCUUUCUCUAUGCAACCUGUCUGGCAAACUACUGCAGCUGUUCAUCUCCAGUCAUCUCCUUUCAGCUGUUUCUGUCUGAUCGAGCAACUUACUUGGAGGAAUAUUGUAAGCACGGUGCACUCCCAGUAAGAUAUGACGAUGCUGCACAUGUAGAUAGACACAAGAGAUUUAAAACUGAAUCAUGGAUACAGUAGUUCUCUUGGGUUUCCAGCUCCACCCUGAACCCUCACUUUCUCUCCUGAGGUGUAAACCUGUGAACGAGCAAGGAUUCCUGAUCCCUUCAACGCAACAGUGGCGAGCUUGAGAUGAACUAAAACUUUCUCUUUUGACAGUGCUGCAAAAAGUUUGAUAUGUAAAUAUUAACCAGAAAGCAAUGAACGCGUCUCUUGAUCCCAUUGUGUUCUUGACGAAAACGAGAUGCACCGUGGGAUUUGAACAUGAUGUAUUUUGAGAGAGGGGGUGUGAUUUACUUGUUUGUGUUAUUUUGUCUACACACUCCUCCUAUACUCCUGUACUACUCUCAUGUUGAAUCUUUGAAAUGCAAAUAACCAUGUCAUUUCUUUUCAUGUUUUUUUUUCUUCAUAUUGUGAGAAGUCAGAAUACACAUUUAUGUGAUUAAAAACUCUUUCACAGUU